GUUCCCAUCCAUCAUCAUGCAAGCUGUUUGUGAUCAUCAGGGCCGUUUCAUAGACACAUAUGUGGGUUGGCCUGGGUCAGUGCAUGACUCCAGGGUCCUCCGACACAGCCCACUGUAUAGGCAGUCGGUCUAUCCUCCUCCAGGGUAUUUCCUUGUUGCAGAUGGAGGGUAUCCCUGCCUCCAACACCCACCCCCCCUCAUAGCUCCCUACAAGAAGCCGGUACAAAGUGUGGGAGCCCUGCGCUUCAAUAGCCAUCAUUCCAGAGCGCGCUGUAUAGUGGAGCGAGCUUUUGGAAUGAUGAAGACCAGAUUCCGUGUCAUCUUCAUGCAAGCGCUGGAGGUGCACCACUCGUUUGUACCUUAUGUCAUAACAGCAUGCGCCAUCCUUCACAGCAUCUGCCUGGGUGCUGGUGAUGUGAUGUCACCAGACGAUGAAGCAGAAGAGGCUGUAGAUGAGGAUGAGGGGGAGACAGAGCUUGGAGCAGUCAGUGGUGCUUGGUGGCGGGACCAAAUCGCAGCUGAGGUGUCCGCCCUGGAGGAGGUACCACCAGACCACACCUACUGUUUGCAGUGAUGCUGAGGUUGACUGUGCCCAGCCCUGUAAACCCAAUUGGAUGAUGGCGUGGACGCUGCUUGAUCCCAUCCGAAAACCUCCACAGGCCACUGAGUGAUGCUUUACUAUCCAGAAAAAAGCAUGCAGUCUAUUGGAGCAACCCAUCCACGUCGCUGGUCUUAAAGCAGAAGACACACUACCAGAGACCUCCUGCUUAGUUAACCAUUAGACUGUUACCCUUUUUAGAAAAACAUGCAGAGUCGGAUAAAUGAGGUCAAUCCUGUAUAUU